AUGAUACGCAAGACACUUACACUACAUUCCUCACUACUGUUUGAUCCGCGCAAGAAGGCGUUUGUGAAGAAUGUUUCCAUCAAAAUCGAUACUCAGUCAGGCGGCAUCGCCGACGUGUACGAGCGGGAAACAGACGAAGAAAUCCGCGACGGGGACAUCGACCUCAGAGGCAAGGUCGUGAUGCCAGGCUUUGUUGACGCACACACGCACAUUUUCCUUCAUCCUUACAGCGGGCGCUCCGCAGCCCAGCAAAUGCGCGACGAGUCUAUCGUCGAGCGCACGGUCCGGGCCACAAACCAUGUCCGCGAGGCGCCUCUCUCGGGCUACACGACGUACCGCGACCUGGGGACGGAGGCGAUGGAAAACUUCGACGCCAACCUACGCGACUGCAUCAACCGCGGUCUCAUCCCGGGCCCGCGGCUCUUCGUGGCCACGCAUGCCCUGGCAUCGACGUCGUCAUACGAGAUCCGCAGCGAGAACAGGCAGAACGGGCUCUCGCUGCCGCGAUCCUCAGACGCCGCAGACGGCCCGUGGGAGGUGCGGCGCGCCGUGAGGAGGCGCAUUGGGGACGGGGCUGAUAUCAUCAAGUUCUACGCCGACUACAAGCGCAAGGUGAUGCGGUUCCCGCCGCUUCAAGAGGCCGCCACGGGUGGUGGUCCCGGGGCCGGGAUACGAUUUCCCCCAACACACGCUGAGCUCAACCCCGCGGUGCCGCUUUUCAGCCAGGAGGAGAUGACCGUGAUCGUGGAGGAGGCCCGGCUGGCGAACCUGCCGGUCGUGGCCCACGCGGGUACGGUAGAAGGGGCUACAAUGGCGGUCCGAGCGGGCGUGACCAGCGUAGAGCACGUCAACGAGAACACGGACGAGCUGUGGGCCGAGAUGGCGGAGAGGGGCACAAUCUACGUGCCAACGCUGGCGAUUUUGGACCUGGUGCUCUCUAGGGACGAGAUGAAGAAGGUGCAGGCCAGGGUCAAGAAGGCGUUUGACAUGGGGGUGAGGUUCGCAGCUGGCGGGGACACAGGGACAUUCGCGCAUGGCGAGGGAGUCAGGGAGAUGGAGCUCAUGAGGCGUGCAGGAAUCCCGCUUGAGGAUGUGCUCGAGGCGUGCUUCGUGGGCGGAUGGGAGGCGUGCGGCCAGGACUCGUGUGGGUACCGGUUUGGGUUCUUCGAGAAGGGGGCGAGGGCAGAUAUAAUUGCCCUCGAUUCAGAUCCUAGAGAGGACGAGAAGGCGUUGAGGAAGGUGAGCUUCGUCAUGAAGGACGGGGAGCUGUACAAGCAGGAUGGUGUGCCUGUCAACCUGCCGGGCGAGCACAGGUGGGGCGAUGCCAAGGAGUCGGCAGGGGAGGAGACGGAAUGGCUCCGAGUGUGA